AUGUCACUGUGUGACCUGACAAUUGUCCCAGCCACGCGCGAACAACAACGCCAGGCAACUGCAAACUGCUAUCCACAAUGGGGUGCCCCACGCGGCGUUGCAACACUCGAAGCGUACGAGCGUAUCGACGAUGAACUCAAUUCGCCUGAAAACGUCUGGUCACAGCCAGGCCGCUUUACCGCUUGGGUCCUCGUCCCUCGCGCCGACCCCGGAACAACUGACAUUCUCGCCGCGUGUGAGACCUACCGCCGUGUCGCCCUUGUCCAGCGUCCAUGUGGGCGCGUCGAGGAAGUCGCGACGUACGCCAUCGCUUCCGUAUUCACUCCUGCAAACCAGCGCCGCAAGGGCUACGCAAAGCACAUGCUCCGACUGCUCCACUACGUCCUAUCGCCGCGCGAACAUAUGCCCCCUUUUCCCGCCAAAUGGGGCGUCCCGCCACCUUCCUUCUUCGGCGACGCCGCCUUCUCAGUGCUCUACUCUGACGUUGGACCUGACUACUACGCUACGUGUACCAAGGGCGAGAAGGAGCCAGGGUGGGUUGCUAUCCGCCGCCCUCACAAGAUCUUCAAAGUACCUUCCCCCAGCCCAGGCCCGUCCACUCUUGCCUCAGAUACGCGGUUAUUGAACCUCGAGGACGCGGGCGAGCUCGAGGCGCACGCCACUGACACCGUUCGGAAAGAGAUGGAGGCACUUCCGUCAAUCGAUCGGCCUCGAGCGGCGAUCCUUCCCCAGGCUGGCUGGUUCCGGCAGUAUCCGAGCCGCCUCGAGAUCUUUGCGCGCAGCGUCGGCAAGGACGGGAGUCGACAUCUUCAGCGAUGCGGCAUGCGCUUUGGGAGCGGCAAGGACAGACCCUUUGUCCUGUACACGGUCGAGCCGAGGGAGAAGGACUCGAACAUACUUCGCCUUCUCGUCGCGCACAUCCAACAGCCGGUCUCGUUUGAGCAGCUCGUCGCGGCCGCUCACGCCGAGGGUGCAGAAGAGAUCGAGGUUUGGGGUUCGGGCAACGAGUACGACGCACACGAGCACACGCUCAAUGGGGAGGACCACAUCCCCGCUUUGGCACAGUAUGGUAUGGGGGGUGACGACGUCGAGUGGCUGUGGAACGAGCACUGCUUCUGGUGCUAG